UCGAGACAGGGGCGGCAGGGAGGACAGAAUAAGGCAAGGGGUGGGGAGGGCGGCGCGGUAGCAAGGCGUGUGUGGCGCGAGGUGGCAAGAACAUGCGUGCGCAGACGAGCAUGGGAAGUCACUCUUGUUUUGGGAGUAUCGAUUUUUGGCCAGUGUUCAGUUGGAUACUGUUCAUGCCACGAGUGGAAUAUGUAUCUUAGUGUUUCCCCGUGAUCUUGUCGUCUGCAGCUGUGUUACUGAGGCCGCCUCCUCCCCUCCACCACCAUGACUAAGGACAGACUUGCCGCGUUGAGAGCAGCGCAGAGUGAUGAAGAUGAUGUCGGGCCUGACGAUGUUGCCGUCAACGUGGAUGGCAACGUGGGGUACAUGGAUGACUUCUUCAACGAGGUGGAGGAGAUACGAGAGAUGAUAGAGAAGAUUCAAAACAAUGUAGAAGAGGUUAAGAAGAAGCACAGUGAGAUUCUAUCCGCCCCUCAAACAGACGAGAAGGUGAAGCAGGAGCUCGAUGACAUGAUGACUGACAUCAAGAAGACUGCUAACAGAGUCCGAGCUAAACUUAAAGUCAUUGAACAGAACAUCGAAUCUGAGGAGCAUGUGAGCAAGGCCAGUGCAGACCUCAGGAUAAAGAAGACACAACAUUCCACUCUCAGCCGCAAAUUUGUGGAGGUGAUGACUGAGUACAACCGCACACAGACUGACUACCGUGAGCGCUGCAAGGGAAGGAUACAGAGACAGCUGGAAAUCACGGGACGCAACACCACCAGUGAAGAGCUGGAGGACAUGCUGGAGCAGGGCAACCCAGCGGUCUUCACACAGGGGAUUAUCAUGGAGACUCAGCAGGCCAAACAGACCUUGGCGGACAUCGAGGCUCGACAUGAAGACAUUGUCAAACUGGAGACUUCAAUCAGGGAGCUCCAUGACAUGUUCAUGGACAUGGCGAUGCUUGUGGAGAGUCAGGGUGAACUGAUGAAUAGGAUUGAGAAUCACGUACAGGAAGCUCAGGACUAUGUGGACACAGCCAAACAGGACACUAAGAAAGCCAUCAGAUACCAAAGCAAGGCCAGAAGGAAGAAAAUUAUGAUCAUCAUAUGUUUUAUAGUUUUGUUACUUGUUCUUAUUCUCAUCCUCGGAUUGACUGUAAUGUAGUAGCGUUGUGCGGGUGUGGUAGAGGUGUGGGCCCUCCUGCCAGGUGUGUGCAGGUGUGUCUUGGGGUAUCAGGUGUGGAGAUGGGCCUUGCAGGGUUGUAACCAGCCUCAUAAAGUAGUGGUGCAGUGUCAGGCUUUGAGUCAUGGUAGGUUUGGAGCCUCACAGGUGUGGCAUGAAUCCUUAGCAUGUGGUGUGGGGACCAGGGUGGUGUGCAGGUGUGGCUCUGGCUUGUCACAUAUGGCUGGGUAGCAUGGCAGGUGUGGGGAGAGGAUUUAUGCCUGAAUAAGGCUUGGAGUGUUGCAUUGAGAGGUUGUGUGAAUGUGCAGGUGGACUAAGAGAGAGAGGAGAGAAAGAAGAGAGAGAGAGAGAGAGAGAGAGAGAGAGAGAGAGAGAGAGAGAGAGAGAGAGAGAGAGGACUUGGUAUAUAGGAAUUGAAUGUCACUCAGUCCCUUACACAAUGCCACUAAUGCUGUGAGGGAGAGGCAGGCAAGGAGAAAAGUGUCUGAUUGCAUUGGUUAGCAGAAGAGACAAGUUUGAGCAUGUUGAGUUGAGUUGUUGUAAAGACAUUAAUAUUUGUUAAUAUUUGUUAAGUGUUGAGGUUUUGUGUCCUCCACUGUUUUAUCAUUGUGUUCAUUUUAGCAUUAGAUCGACAGGCAGCCUUUUUUUGUUAUUGUUUUUUGGUGAUUCUUUAUAUGUGUAUUUAUUCCCAACCGUGGAUGAUGUAUAUGAAGAUGAAAGGGAGUGUGGGAUUGGAGGGAUUAAUUUGUAGUGUGAGAAACGUAAUGCAGCUUUGGAUAAAGCAAGAUAGAAAAGUACAAGAGGGUUUUAAAAUUAGGUGAUACACUUUUAUGUAAACUUCUUCUAAGUAAAUUCCAUCUUUGAAGAUUCCUCCAUGAAAAUUCCCUAAAAAUAAUUUCCUGAAACUAAUAUGAUUUAUCCACUGGGAAAUUAUUUUUGGGGAAAUCGUAUGGGUGAAUGUUCAUAAGGGAAAUUAACUGUAGGGGAUAUUUACAAAAUAUGAGGUUACACACAUGUGCCAAACAGUGCAGCAGACACCCUCCCCACACCCAAGAGUGGAGGGAGGAGGAGGGGCGGGUGUCACACUCACUCUAGACUAGACAAUGGGAAGAUUAACACAAAUAUAGAAGUGAAAAAAAAAAAAGAGAGAGAACUGAAUUAUAAGAGAAAGUUUAAGGGAAAAAACAAAAAAAAAUUAUUAUCAGAGAAACAAAUAUUCAAGAGAGGAGAAAAUAAUUACACAAAUGAUUAAAAUAGGCUUGGAAAGAAAGUACAUACAUAAACCUUAGCAUUAGUUAUGGAAGGAGUACAGAGUUGGUUAGAGUUAAACUUUUUCCCUCUUGUCUUUAAUUUAUUUAGUCAAUUAUGAUUAGUGUGUUUUUUGUACAUAUUGUUUUCCUGUGAUGGGUGGAGAUGACUGGCGUGGUAGGAACAGAGGGGAAGAUAGAGGAGGAAAUUGGUCGGGGCCUGCAUGGUGCAUCUUCAGAACUGGUUGUGUGACAGCUUAAUGUUUUCAUACUUGUGCCUUUUUGUAGAUAUAGCCAAAGGUACACUCAACCCUUCACUACCACAGCCACAGACAGUUACUUUUACUUAAUCUCUCGUGUCUCUCGUUCUGGCGUCCCCCAAGUUUAUCAUUACGUACUUCUGUGGUUAUUGUCAUUGGGUACCCUUAUUAUUGUCAGACGUGCGUCGAGGGUGUUGUCUGUCGCACACACUUUGCUGAAAUGAGUGUUAGUUUUGAGCGUUCAGUUGUGUGGUGUGUUUCGUGAUUGAGUGCAGCAGGUUCUGAGUGGAUCUUUUAUUUCUCAUGAGCUGGAGGGAAGAGUUUGCAGUGAAAUUUAUCAUACAGAGGUUCUGAGGAAGAUUUUUUAGUUUGUUGUGAAAGUUUAGUGGAAUAUUUUGAGGUUAGCUUUGUUUUAUUUCCUUUCCUCUCCCUCAUGUCCUGAAUCCUCACAUCCACCAAACUAUGAGAAUUAUAGCUAAAAUCCAUGGUGAAGUUCCUGGUUAAAAGAUUAUCAUUAUUAGUGCACACGACAUGACUACACUCCAUGCCAAGGCUACCAAUGUAAUAUCCCACUAGCUGAGAACACACAAACAGUAAUGCUGCCCCAGACUGAUGCUCUUACCCACUGCCUGGUCCAGCUGUUUGUUUUCAGACAUAUGACAAACUGACCUUAUAGAGUGCAAAAUUUAUUCACAAUAAUUUUGAAAAACAUAUUGGGAAAAUUUUUGGAAUCUUCAUAAUAGUGAUAAGAGUAAUAAUAAUAAUAGUAAUGAUAAUUCAGUAUGUUAACCUUUAGUUAUUUAUAAGAUGCUGGAUUAUAAGAGAAGAUUUGGUAAGAAUAUUAAGUCAGUUUGUCAUACACCUAAAAAGAAAAUGUGAAUAAUUAAGUCAUUCAGUGGACAGGAGUGUGGGUGAGUGGCAGUGUCACCACGUCAGUGAGUCACCUGGUGGAGAGACAACAUUGUGAGAGUUAGAGUGAUGGAAUGUAGUGGAGAUUGAUGAGUAAAGGAAACCAGGGUAAGGGUGACUCAAUCCUUACCCUGAUAUUCCUUGCCUGUCAACUAUCAUCAUCACCAACAUCAUGAAGCAGAAACCAUCCCCUGACAAAACAUCCUCUGACUUGUUCUACCAUGUUCUAUGCUCUGCUGCCUCACAUCAUGACUCUUGAUCCUGAUCUUUAUACCACAAGUGGCAUCCAGACAAGACAGGUGAAUUGCAGUGUGAGAAUGAGUUAUGUUCCUUUAAAACUGUACAUAAAUUGGGAUCACUUAAGUUGAUUUUUAUUUUCUUAAUGCAAUUAUAAUGUUUUUUUAUGGUAAUUUUUUUUUUUUUUUUUUUUUUUUUUAUAAAUGAGAAUUCUGUAUAUUCCUUAAAGAUUACGCAUUCAUAAAUCAAAGAACAAAGUAAUUUUAGUCAUGACCUUGAAAACUCACAAAUCAUACACUGAUUUGCACUGCAGUUCACCUGCACUUUAUUUACAAUGUCAGUGAAGCAUCAGCGUAACACCACCACAUCACCAGGUAAAUACAUAAACACAAUCCACUAUCCAUGUCAUCACAAAUAACACUCCACUGAUCCGCACAUCAUCCACCCACCAGCAGUUCUUCCACACAGUCCCAGGUGCUUGCAGUGUGAUAGGGACACUGUGUCUUGGCCCAGCAGUGGCAGGUCACAGAAGCACAAAGGUUGCAGGGCGGUCAAGGUGCUGGGCUGUGCUGAUUUAGUUUGCUGUCAGGACUUACCUACUGUUCCUUGUCUCUGUUAGGUUAUGUUAUGUUAUGCUAUGGAGGUCAAGGCUUAGAUGUGAGGUUACCUGGUGCAUUUUAUUUGUUUUACGUCUUUUCUGUAAUUUACGUUGUUUGAAAUAGUUCUUUGAUGGUUUUUACUAGCACAGUCCUCGUUAGUUUGAAUAUGUAAUGUUUAAAUGAAGGUAGCAUUUCUGUUUGUUAUUGUUAUUGUUAUUAUUAUUAUCAUGUCUUAUUUAAUGCUAGUUCUAGUCUGGGAUGUUUCAAAAUAUGUUCUAGUUUCCCUUUCUCUUCUUGUUUGUUGAUUGACAGUUGAGUUUCAUGGUUUAGCUCUUUCAUCUGACUAUUGCUAUUGUCUGUUUCUCCAUUAUUUGUCCUUUAUUCUACUUCUAUCAUCAGAUGCAUACAAGAUAACACACACACACACACACACACACACACACACACACACACACACACACACACACAAUUUGCUUAUGUUUAUGGAGAAGGGGAAGAAAAGAGAUAUUGUCCAGAAUCUGUGGGACUUGACUGGGUUGGGAAACUGGCUGGCUAGCUAAUUAGCUGAUCAGAUGAUUCUUCAGCUAAAUAACUGAGCAACUGGCUUUGCUAUAGGCUGGCCAGCUGUUUGGACUCAUGAUUGGCUAAUUGUCUGGCUGGAUGAAUGGUUGGCUAACUUGAUAGCUGGUUGGUUGGUUGACUGUGUAACUGGCUGGCUGGGAAACAGACUGGCUAACUAGCUGGUUGACUUACUGGUGGAUUGCUUGUGUGUCUAUGUAUGGAUCAUAU